GGUUACUAACCAAUCGUAAGAACCAACGAGGAAACUAUUAAUUUUUAUUGACGAAUCGCUUUAAAUUGUUAAUCGUAUCGUGAAUAGUUAUCUAUUCAAUUAAACCACAUUUUAAAUUUAAAAUAAAAUGAACCAAUUAAGUUUUUAAAUAAUAUUUCAUAUAUUUUCAUUGUAAUGAUUUCUAAUUCCAAAAAGUUUUAUUUAUAAUUUUUAGCCGUUACAUUUUGUUCAUAAUUUAUAAAUUAAUUUUUAUCCAAUAUAAAUUCUCUGUCAAAAGUAUUAUUAAACAAGACAUAAUUAUGCGUAUGAAUGUUCGUUACCAACGCGUAAACUUCUAAACAAUGUCUUUGGGAAUUAUGAAAUUGUCGAACCAUGGACAGUUUCUGAGAUGAGAAAAGUGCCGUCGGGUAUAUUUAAACCAUCUUACAGUGAAUCGUCUAUACCCAGGGAAGGUCCAAAAAAAGCCGAAAUUAAAGACAAAAAUCAAAUAAAAUGUAUGAGAGACAGCUGUCAUUUUGCCAGAAAAGUAUUAAAUUAUAUCAAACAGUAUAUAAAGCCUGGCACAACUACAGACGAAUUAGAUGUAAUUGUGCAUGAAAUGAUUAUAAGUAAUGGAGCUUAUCCCAGUCCCCUUAAUUAUCGAGGAUUUCCAAAAUCAAUAUGCACUAGUAUUAAUAAUGUUGCAUGCCAUGGUAUUCCAGACAGCCGACCCUUACAAAAAGGAGACAUAUUUAAUGUCGAUGUAACAGUAUAUUUAAAUGGAUAUCAUGGAGAUUGUUCUCAAAUGUUUGAGGUAGGAGAAUGCGACGAUGAAGGAAAAAAAUUAAUAAAUGUAACUGAACUGUGCUUAAGACAUGCUAUUGAUAUUUGUAAACCAAACGAAAGGUUUUGCAACAUAGGAAAUAUUGUUGAAGAGACUGCAAACAAGCACGGAUAUUCUGUAGUUCCAGCAUUUGCAGGGCAUGGCAUUGGUACUUACUUCCAUGGACCACCGGACAUCUUACAUUUUUCAAAUGAUUCUCCUGGGAAAAUGCUACCAGGAAUGACUUUUACUAUCGAACCAAUUUUAAGUCAAGGUAGCCAAGAGAUCGAAAUUUUAGAAGACGGUUGGACCGCCGUCACAGUAGAUAAUUCACGUACUGCUCAGGUAGAACAUACUAUUUUAAUUACAGAUACUGGCUGUGAUAUAUUGACGCGUUAACUUCUUAGAAUAUUUAUUUUUAUAAAUGCAUUUUGCCCUUGUAUAAAAUUUUGUUGUCCAUAAUAAAUUAUAUUUAUGAGAGGUUAAACAAUGGUACUUCUUUUAGACUUAUAUCGUAAAUAUUUUUAUUAACA